AUGCGGAAUAUCACUCUGCGCAGCCAGGGGCGGCAGGCACAACAACAACAAAAACGAAGGCAGAACCAAGACGAUUUGCAGGCAGGCAGGCAGGGGCGGCAGGCAGAACAACAACAACAAACACGCGGAACAUCACCUUGCGCAUCAUCAACAACAACCAAGGCAGAACUAUCAGGAUUCACAGGCGGGGUCGUCAGGCACAACAACAACAACAAGAACCAAGGCAGAGCCAUCACAAUUCGCAGGCAGGGGCGGCAGGCACAACAAGAACAACAAAAACCAAGGUGGAACCAUCACGAUUCGCAGGCAGGGGUGGCAGGCACAACAACAAGAAAGGCGGAACAUCACCUUGCGAAGGCGGGGUUCGGCAGGCACAACAACCCCCACCAAUGCGGAACCAUAAUGCUUCGCAGGCAACGGGGUCAGGCAGAACAACAAGAAAGGCGGAACAUCAUCUUGCGAAGGCAGGGUUCGGCAGGCACAACAACAACAACCAAGGCGGAACCAUAA